AUGAUUGGCCUCGUCUCUCUCGCUCUCGCCGCCCUCCCGCUGGCCCGCGCUCACGGUGGUGUGCUGUCCUACUCGAUCGAAGGUACAUUGUACCAAGGUUGGGCGCCUUACAACUCGCCCACUGGUCAGACGACGAUCCAGCGCCCGUGGUCGACGUACAACCCCAUCACCGACGCCACAGACCCGACGAUCGCCUGCAACGACGACGGCUCUUCCGGCGCGCUCCAGCUCACCGCCAACGCGAAGGCUGGCGACAAGAUCACCGCCUACUGGAACCAGGUCUGGCCCCAUGCCAUCGGUCCCAUGCUCACGUACCUCGCGCAAUGCCCGGGCAGCACUUGCACCGGCGUCGAUGCGUCCACGCUCAAGUGGUUCAAGAUCGACGAGGCUGGUCUCAUCAGUGGCUCCGCCGCGUCCGGCACCUGGGGUGACGGUCUCAUGAUCGACAACAACAGCUCUUGGACGACCACGAUCCCGUCCAGCAUCCCCAACGGCGACUACCUCAUCCGUUUCGAGACCAUCGCGCUUCACUCGCUCCCCGCACAGUUCUACCCCGAGUGCGCUCAGCUCCACAUCACUGGUGGCGGCAACGUCGCGCCCACGGCCGCUGAGCUCGUCUCUUUCCCGGGUGCCUACAGCAACUCUGACCCUGGCCUCUCCCUCAACGUCUACACGAACGAGGCCGCGGCAAUGACCUGCUACCCGAUUCCGGGCCCGCCGCUCUACUCCGGUGCCCAGUCUUCGUACCCUGCCCCUUCGUGCGCGUCCACUGGCUCCGGCUCCGGCUCCAGCUCUGGCGGCUCUGGCUCUAGCGGUUCCGCGACCGCAAGCGCUCCGGCGGCUUCCUCCACGAGUGCCGCGGGUACCGUUGCUCAGUACGGCCAGUGUGGCGGUACUGGAUUCACCGGCGCUACUGCGUGCGUCUCGCCGUUCACCUGCCACGUCGUCAACGAGUACUACUCGCAGUGUCUCUGA